AUGGGCUUGUUCAAUGUGAAGUUUGACGAAGCGACUGCCGCCGCACCUCUCCAAGACGAGGGCAACCGUGAUACGAAGAAGUAUUCUCAUCCAAAUCAAAGCCCGCGAAACCAAGUCACCCACAGGAAAGACCUUGCCUCAUCUAUACAGGACGAUCUGAGUUUAUCGUCAACGUCGAGUCUUUCGCGCUGGAUAGACCCGAUUGACUGGAAAGAAGAUGAAACCAACUCGAGUUCAGUAGAAGCGGCUUUCAACGAGUCUUUGAGAACCUCGAAUGAUGAUGGUGAUUAUGAGAACUAUUGUGACGCUUUGAAAUAUCUCAAAGCUGACAUCUGA